AUGCCACUCUUUUUCGGCCGCCGCCACUCCAUCUCAGGCGGCACGCAGCCCGAACAAGACGGAAUCGUGAAAGAGCGCGCGCGCAGACGCACCUCGCUGCCCGAUUUCCACAGCGUGAGGCGCGGAUCAGGCUUAUUCCAGGGUCUGCUGCGUCGGCCGUCGAAGAUUUCUGCAUCCGCUCCGCCGUCGCCGCCUCCUGAGAAGGACGAGCUGCCUCUAAAACGCUCGAAUUCAGCACCGAAGAUCCCGGCCGUCACAGUACCACCAGGCGUGGUCCCCUCUCCGCCGCCUAGUCCCCGCGAGGGCAUCGUCCAGCCGCAGGUUGAGCGGGAGCCGAAGCGUCGAGCGGGGGAGUAUCACCGUGUGACGUCUAUCGACACCGUGCUUGGGCGGGAUGACAUUGAGCAUAUAUUUUCCGGGGCGCCGUACUUCCUGCUCGAGAAGGGCAAGUAUCGCCAGUUCUACCCGAUCGUGAUCUUCCCCCUCGACGACCACGACUCGUCUAUCCAGAACCUCUGGGAUAGGCAGCUUCUGCCGCACGCGACGUACACGCUGUGCACGCUGCAUGCGCACCUGCCUGUACCCGAGGGAUGGGUGAACGAGGGCGAGACGUCCGUGCAGCUGACGCGGUGGUCGAAGGUGAAGGCGCCGAAGCGGGCGACGUUCGAUGUGGGGCUGUUCGAGGUGCCGAACAUGCUGACCAUGAACGGGAUCGAGCCCGGGACUGUGGGGUUCAGCCACUUCCUGGAGAUCCCCGUCGGGGACGCGGCGACUUUCACGCCGCAGACGAGGAGCGGUCAGCAGAAUGGGUGGCUGCGGCUGACGAACUUGAGUGCUGUUGAGGCGUACGAGCUGAUGGAGCAUCAUGGGGAGCCGUAUGCGCAGUGCAAGGACGGGACGAACCACGAUCGGAAGCAGCUCUUGGGUAAUGGGCCGAGCGCGUGGAAGCGGAUCGGGGUGCGGGAUAUUGAGCUGCAGGCGCUCGUUAAUAGGUUGCAGUUUUUGAAGGAGCUGCGCAAUGAUAUACUGCAUAAGGAGGGGAAUGCGGCGGGGACGAUCCUUGAUGUGGAGAGUGCGGGACAGCUGUAUACGGGCUUGUUUACGAAGUUCCUGUUUCCGCCGUCGCGGUUUAUGACUGUUGGGGUGGACGAGCCGCGCGGGCUGAAGGCGCAGAUUAAGGCGAUCACCACGGUGCUUGCGACGCCGGGGGCGUGGUUUGACUUUUGCUAUGUGGACUGGCGACUGCAUGCCGGGCAGCUGCUGUGGGAGUCGGCACCCCACGUGGACGGAGACUUUUUCGACUCGUCGCAGAGUGACAGGCCGUGGGUGUUCCCGUCGCUGGAGCGCAAGUGGUUCCUCAUCCAGAUGCUGCUGUCAGCGGAGCUGCUGCUCCGACUGGACGCGAGCGUGCGCGUGGGGUUCCUCCGUCGCAGCGGCGGUCUGACCAUUUCCGCACGCGACGUGCAGAACUUCGACCAGCUGCGGACGAAGAAAGUCGACUGGGACCUGGUGGCCGCGCGGCGGUUCAUGGACAGUUUUGAUUUCAGCUACGGCGUUAUCGAGGCUGGCGAGUUCCCGCGGAAGCAGCAGCUGCAGCAGCAGCAGCAGCAGCCUGGGGUGCGGUCGACGCAGCAAAAGGCCGCCGCGAAGCGCCGCCACCUGGCGUUCUUAGAGAGUCUGCGACACCGACCGUCGACACCGACGCCGCCGGCAACGCACCAGGAUAACACCGAGUCUGCGUGGAAGUGCAACCUGAUCCCAGGCCGCGUCGACCAGCAGCUGGUCGGGCUGUACGUGUUCGCCGAGAUGGUCGGCUGGCCGCAGAUGGACGACCUGAAGAAGCGUCUGCGGUUCAGCCUCGGCGAGGGGGAGCUCAGCCAGCAGACGCUGGACGCCUUCUGCCGACCGGUGCACAACGCCCCGCCGGAGCAUAUAGCGUCGACCCUCAAACCAAGCGACAUGUACACGCGCACGCGAUCCUACCGGCCUCUUCUCCUCCAUACCCCAGGGAACGAGAGCCCCGGCUCCAGCGCCAUCGGCGGCUGGGUGUCACGCACGUGGCUGUCGGGCUUCGUCCUGCCCGGCGACAUGAUCAGCCACGUGCUGCUGGGAACAGUGUUAGAAAACACCCCCGACGCGAUGGCCAAGCUAGGCCCGCUAGCAAACCUCCACGGCGGAUUCGCCUACAACGGCCGCAGCUGGUGGAGCAAGGAGUGCGUGGUCGGACGCGUGCUGGCCCCCCUCCCAGGCACCAAGCACUGCCUCGCCUGGAUGGGCUGCGCCAUCCUCCCGCUGAACACCAACACGGGCGACCGUCUCGACGACACCUGGCUGGAAGUCGACACGCUCGAGCCGCCCGCCAUGCAGGGCACAGCGCGCAUCAAAGCCGGCCAGCGGCUGUCCAUCGACUCCUCGCCGUUCGGCAUGGGCGGCCUCACCAGCGGGACGUUUUCGCUGCCCCAAGACCCCCCGCUGGAACAAGCCGCGCGGGUGCAGAUCGACUUCGACGACCUCUCGUUCACGGACCUGCCGUCGCCGCUGCAGUCCGCCAGCGAGCACCGCGCGAGCUCCAAGCGCGCGACCAUGUCGUUCAGCCUGGAGACGGAAUCCGAAGACACGCACCAGUUCUCCGAGCCCCACAUCGUGCAGUUCCCGCUCAAGUACAACGUGCGGUACAUCACCAGCCACGAGUGUCGCACGCCCGCGGGGUUCAUCUCGUACCAGGGCGAGCAGGGCCAGCAGCAGCCGCACCUACGCCAUCACCGGCGACUGCCGGGCCACCCGCUGCAUCGCAGCUUCUCGUACCGCACGGUGGGGCUGGAUGGGCUGCCGGGCCCACACGCGCCGGGGACGUCGUUCGCGCAGAGCAUUGGGCUGAGCCACGAGGAGGUGGUGGUUGUGGAUGCGCGGGGGAGUCGGGAGAAAGAGACGUUCGCGCGGGCGUGGUGCGCGGCGGUCGGGUACCAUGCGAUUGUGGGACGGGUUGGGCGGACUUGUGUGGCGUGCUGUGUGCGCGAGGCGCGGGCGUUGUGUGUGAAGGUUGUGCUUCGGGUUGGGGAGGCGGGGAGUCGGAAUCCGUCUAUUGUUGGGUACUGA